AUUAACUUCAUCAACUACAUCAAAUCACCACCAACCUCAACUUAUUUCAAUCAACAUGGGGAAUGAUGGUGGUUCGAUUCCGAAACGUGAUGACUUGGUCAAAACUAAACAUCGAGGUGAACAAGUGGAUCCGCAACAAAAAGAAUCUACUCGUUGGCAUUGCUGUGCCCUUUCCAAAAGACCUUUGGAAGAACCCAUCGUUUCAGAUCCAUUAGGAAAGCUUUACAAUAAAUCAUCAGUACUAGAAUAUCUUUUAAAUAAUGAUACUUUUGGAGAAGAUGGUCGACAAGUAGCUGGACAUCUGACUUCACUUCGGGAUAUCAUUAACCUCAAGAUAACCUUCGAUUCACAAUCAACCAAACGAAUCUGUCCGAUCAGUUUAAAGGAAAUGGGAGCUGGAUUAGGAAAGAUGGAAAUGCGUUGGGUUUAUCUGAUGGGUUGUGGUUGUGUAUUAACUGAAACUGGUUUAAAACAAGUAGAGAAAUCAACUGAAAAGGUUGAAUGUCCAGUUUGUGGAAAACUUCAAGAAAGUUUAGAGUUUGUGAUUAUUAACCCAAAUGAAUUAGAAGAAGAAAAGAUGAAGAUCAAAUUGGUUGAACAGAGAAAAAGAGAAAAAGAAGCAAAGGAAAAACGAAAACUAGAAAAGAAAGAGCAAAAGAAAAGAAAGGUAAACAUGAAUCAAGAUGUCGAAACAGGUCCAGAUUUCGGACUAGAUUCAAAUCCAACAAAUAAAGAAUUCGAUAACAAUAAAACUCGAUCUAAAACAAAGAAGCCCAAAGUAGAGGUACCUCAUUCAAAACUUGACCAUGAGCCAUCAUCUUCUAUUGCUUCCUCUUCUUUAUCGAAAAUCAACAAAGAAGUUCAGAAAGAAACCCAGCAAAGUCUUGUCAACUUAUCAUCAAGUACUCUCAAUAGUAUCUACGGUCCAAGAGAUGAAAACGGUAAACAGCUACUCGGUCAACAGAAAGAAUCAUGGAUGACGAGGGGUACUUGGACUCGCUACGCUGCUUGAAGGAUAUUCAAGCUUUUCUAUAUCUACACUUGUUCUUUCGUUCUCUAACUUGUAACAUGAACCCAUUCUUCGAUCCGAUGUACGAUUUGUUUAGAUACCCUUGCACCCGAUCCUAUUGUCACAUUA